AUGUCCCUCGCAGCCUCUUCUGCAACGGCAGUUUGCAGGAGCGCGUGCCGGUCACAGUUUCGGCUACCAGUAUGGACACGAACUGACGCGAGUUCGAACCCCAAUGACGCAUAUACAAGCCCCUACAAAGCCAAACGCACCUGGCCCCCAGACGUAUCCAAACUAUCUCCGAAGCAGCAGUUCCGCUUAGAGCGCAAAUACCGACGGCGCGCGAAACUAAAAUGGGCCAGACCGACAUGGAAGAAGUGGACAAAAUUGGUACAAUGGACUCUAAUCGGGUUUGUAUUGGUAUAUUCGCUGUUUUUCAUGGAAUUGAAAGAUGGAGGAAAUAAUCCUUUCGCUUCGGUAUUUAUUACCUUUUUCUUUUUUUUUUUUUUUUUUCCCCUUUCGAUUUUUAUCCCGAUUAACUCUUGUCAGGGUUUCUGGAGUAGGAAUGCUGAUUAUAUUGUUUUUAGUUGCGAGAAUAUACGCGGAAAUUUUUCACCGAGUUGUUAUGGUCGAAUCCACGCGGCGCCUUGCGAAAGCCCUCCGGUGCCGAUACCACAGGGCACUCCCAUGAAAAUAAACAAGGAUGAAGGGCUAGAGUUGGACACUUAUCUCUCUGGUGUCGUGCAAUAG